AGUUGGAAUUUAUUCUUCUCAGAGAAAGGUUGGUUGAUCUGGCGCUGCGUUGGCUUAUCUUUCGAGAGCUUAGUUUAGUGAGCCGAUCAACACCAUGUCGAAGAAACCCGUUUUGUACUAUACUCCACGUAGUCCACCAUGCCGGGCCGUUUUGUUGACAGCUGCCGCAUUGGGAGUUGAAUUGGAAUUGAGGGCCAUGAAUUUAAAGGAUGGUGAUCACUUGACACCAGAAUUUUUAAAAUUAAAUCCCCUGCACACAAUUCCCGUUUUGGACGAUGACGGUGUGGUCAUUACCGAUUCCCAUGUCAUCUGCUCGUAUCUGGCCGAUAAAUAUGCCGUCGAAGAGACCUGGUAUCCCAAAGACAAAUUGAAACGCAUGGAAGUGGAUGCCCGUCUCUAUUUCGAUUGUGGCCAUCUGUUCCCCAGGGUACGAGUUAUGGUGGAGCCCAUCAUCUAUUUUGGCCACCAUGAAAUCGAACCCCAGAAAGUUGCCUACAUGCAAAAAGCCUACGAUGGCCUGGAGAAGGCUUUGGCCAAUUCCAAAUAUUUGUGCGGUGAUCAUUUGACCAUUGCCGAUUUGUGUUGUGUGGCCUCCGUCUCGACUGGCAUGUUGUUUGCCCCCAUCGAAGAGGAGAAAUUUCCCAAGCUAAAGGAUUGGGUUGAACGUCUCUCGGAAUUGCCCUACUACAAGAAAAACAAUCAAGAAGGUGCUGAGAUUCUGUUCAAUUUUGUCAAUGCCAAAAUGGCAGAAAACAAGAAAGCCAAAGAAGAAAGUUCGUCGUAAAUGAAGUGGAUUUGAGACUUGCUUUUGACAUUCUCGUUAUGCCGGCAUACACAUAUGGAGAUCGCACACACACACAUAACUAUGAGUAAAAAUAAAAACAUAAAUCUA